ACUAAGGGAAAAAUAUCGUCAUCAAUAUGCUGAUUCUAUAAGAAAAAUAUAUCCUAACAAUUUGCACAUUUACAUCGCGUCAGGCUAGCGGUCAGCGUGCUCGUAUGCCAUUUGUUUAUAAAAGUCGUAAAUUUCGUAUCGCUAGCAGUUUUAUCCUUACUCAGCAAGCGUACAGUUCCUUUUUAGAACAGUUCUUUAAAGUGCCGUGUAAAAAUGUCUCUGCUCCAAGUACCGUCGAGUAAACAGGAAGAGAUGAUAAAGCAGGAACUUGGGGAGAAUCCCGGUGAUAUUGAGAGGGGCGUCAUAGAUCUCCGGAGUAUGUGUGCUGCCAACCCUCACCUGCCACGACCGGAUGCUAUUGAUAACCAUAUAUUCAAAGUAUUUAUCCGCGGGUGCAGAAUGGACUUUGAGCGAGCAAGAAAUAAAUUUGAAGCGUUUUGCUACGCACGAUGCCGCUACAGAGACCUAUAUAUUCACCGGUCACUCAACGAACCUCCACUCAGCGAUGUCGCAAAAUUCUUGGAUAUAGUACCUCUUCCGAAGCUGACUGAUGAAGGUCUGCGAGUAACUAUCUUUAGAGUACGACCAGGAUAUCCUGAAAGCGCUGUUGACAUCACAUCGGCUGUAAAGGCAAUCCUACUCAUCUCUGAUACAAGGCUGUUUGACGAAAAACUUAUAUUAGGAGAUGCAUUUAUUUGGGAAGCGAGCAACGUCCGUGCUUCAAUGGCGGCAUAUGUAGCGGGUGGUGCGAACGCAAUUCGCCGUAGCAUAUACUUAGCUCAGGGCGCGUAUCCGCAGCGUAUGCGCAGAAUACACGUAGUGGGCGCGGCUGGCCUUGUCGGUUCUUCUUUGAACCUUAUGAGGUCUUGUGUCAACGAAAAAGUUCGCAAUCGGUAUUAUCUACACAAUAAGAUAGAGGAGCUGUUGGACCACUUCCCAGCUCGCAUGUUGCCGAUGGAAUGGGGUGGCGAGGAAGAAUCAUUUGACGUGCUAACAAAAAAAUGGCGGCAACGCGUAGAAGAAGUUAGGGACUACCUUCGUAAUUUUAACGAACUUUGCCAAGUUGCGCCCGAACCGAAAUACGACAAUGAUAUUUAUGGAACCGCCGGCGCGUUUAGAAAACUUGAAAUCGAUUAAUAUAAUUGUUUUGACAUUUACAACGCUCGGUGAUUG